CUUCGUCUUCGUGUUCGUGUUCGUGUUCGUCCCCACCCACCACCACAGCCAUCACCAUUGCCUUUUCGCUUCCUUUUCUUUGUCAACGUUUUUCCUUCUACGAACCCUAAAUUCUUCUACUUCUCUCUCUCUCUUCUUUUUCACUUUGCGUCUCAUUGAAGCCUUUUCGCAAUCACUUUGUUUCUGUUUCCCCUCUUUAUUUGAAUUUAAUUCCACUUCCAGAACGCUGAAUUUUAUGCUGCGUUUUGAUUCCUUUCACGCCCUCCGCGAUCUUACAGUGUGGUGAUCUGGUUCUGAGACCGACGGAAUGACUUCGACAGUGCCGCCGCCGUCGUAUGCUGCUCGCCAUGGAGUGGGAGGUGGUUUUGGUGAGCCGGAGAAUUUUGGAGAUCAAGCUAUGGAGUUUAUUAAGGCGGCUGGGGAAAUGGCUGUGGAGUUUGGGAAGGGGUGUAGGGAUAUUGUGGUGCAGAGUUUGGGAGAUAAGGAGUCGUAUCUUGUGAAGACGUUUGGGAAGGGCUCGUACAUUGAGAAGAGAGUUAGAGGGCCUUGUGAGAAGGUUUGUGCUAAAUUGCGAUUCUUCAAUGAUUACUUGCCCGAGGAUAAGGAUCCGUUUCAUGUCUGGAUGGUCAUACUGUCCGUUUCCGUUGUUGUUUUGGCAGUUUUAAGUUUAGAUGCUCAACGCGAUGAUAUUUCCAUCUCGCAAAUUAAAAAGGUAUACAUACAUCCUCCGAGCGCCAGGCGAGUAAUGCUUCCCGACGGUAGAUUCUUGGCAUACAAGGAGCAAGGUGUUCCUGCGGACAGAGCUAGAUUUUCAAUGAUAGCUCCUCAUUCUUUCCUCUCUUCUCGGCUUGCAGGAAUGCCUGGGCUUAAGACUUCACUGUUGGAAGAGUUUGGCAUUCGCUUGUUGACAUAUGAUCUCCCGGGCUUUGGCGAGAGUGAUCCUCAUCCUCAAAGAAACCUUGAAUCUUCAGCAAUGGACAUGUCGUAUUUAGCAAAUGCUUUGGGCGUCAAUGACAGAUUUUGGGUAAUAGGGUACUCGACAGGGAGCAUGCAUGCUUGGGCUGCUCUUAGAUACAUUCCUGAUAAACUUGCAGGUGCAGCUAUGUUUGCUCCAAUGGUUAAUCCCUAUGAUCCAAGUAUGAACAAGGAGGAAAGACGUCGGACGUGGGAGAAAUGGAGUAGAAAGCGGAAAUUUAUGUACUUCCUAGCUCGAAGGUUUCCUACCAUUCUUCCUCUGUUUUACCGUAACAGCUUCCUGUCUGGGAAGCAUGAUCAGAUUGAUAAGUGGCUGGCAUUGUCACUAGGAAAAAGGGAUAGAGCUUUAGUGGAGGAUCCUCUCCAUGAAGAGUUCUGGCAAAGGGAUGUAGAAGAAUCAAUCAGGCAAGGUAAUCCAAAACCUUUCAUGGAGGAAGCUGCAUUACUUGUGUCAGAUUGGGGUUUCAGGCUUCACGACCUCAGAUUAGAGAAACGACGAGUAAGAUCCUUGAUUUAUUGGCUCAAGUCAUUGCUAGGUGAUGUCCAAGAGGAAUUCACAGGCUUCCUCGGUCCUAUACACAUAUGGCAGGGGAUGGAUGAUAUGGUUGUUCCACCAUCCAUAACUGAUUACGUGCAUCGAAUCCUACAAGGAGCUGCAGUUCAUAAGCUCCCAUAUGAAGGCCAUUUUACCUAUAUCUACUUUUGUGAUGAAUGCCAUAGACAGAUAUUCACAACCCUCUUUGGAACCCCACAGGGCCAACUGAACAAUUCUCAUCUCGAUCAGACUUCCUUCGAUUGCGACACAGAAGAUCUCGAAGCUCAAACCGACAGUGAUCCUACUGCAGAUUAAGAGAGACAUAGCUGCUGUAGUUCACUAUAGAUAAUGUAAAUACCAUACAAUUGUUCUGUUGCUUCUCUAGCAGGUAUAAAGGGAUACAGAAAGUUACAGUUUUCUUUUUCUUUUUCUUUUUCUUUUUUGCCCCAUUCCUUUUAUAGCAAAAUUCUAGUGAACCUGUCAAAGGUGCAAGUUACUCCUUGCAAUAGAAGUACAAACAAAGCAGAAUUUUGAUUUUUAAACUUCA